CAUCUGCAUCUGCUUAACUGACGGUCCACCACCCACCACCGCGCGGCUGCAGCAGGCGAAGCAACCUCUCCGCGCACCGGUGUAGUGUAGCCAUCAAAUCGAUCAUGGCCCCCGCCGAGAGAUCCUGCGGCCUGGGACGCUUCGCCGCGGACGAGGCGGCCCCGCCGGAGACGCUCCACGUCGUGCGGCUGCAGCGGCUCCGCCUCCGUCGCGCGGCGGAGGGAUGCCUCCACCCAAUCGCCGAGGAUGAGGAAUACGGUGGCAACAGCCGAGAUGACAACGACGACGACGUCCCCGCCGCCACGCUCGUUGUCCACACCAGCACAACUACGGCCGUCCAUCUUGAGCAAAGCCGUCGUCGAUAGGCUGGAUCAUUUACAUGUUUACUAGUACUCCUCUGUAGGUUGUGGUAUGUGUAUCUUCUCCCCUGCAGUUCAUGCGUGCGACCUGUAAUUACUCCAUCCAUGAAUUGAUGAUGCGAGUUGCUUAUUUUGCUGCCGACGGCUCACAAACUUUGCCGCAACAACUGUUCUAAAUUUGCUGCCAAUCUGUCAUGCUAGU